AUGGAGCACUACAUGCCAGAAAUCUUCUGGCAUGACAGGAAAGCAAUAUUAUCAGUGGACAGCCAUCCAGUGGUUGAAGAUGGAGCUUACAGAAUCGUAACAGCCAGCGUUCAAAAAGAGGUUCGCAUUUGGCGAUUUGAAUAUGAGCAAUGCCCAAAAGUUCCUUCAAAAUAUCAGUUGGCAGUCACAUUCCUGGCGAAUCUUAUUGGACAUAACGUUGCCAUAAAUGAAGUAAAAUUCAGCCCAAAUCCGGAGUUGAAUUUCCUCGCAUCUGGAGACUCGGAUGGGCGCAUAGCCAUAUGGCAACUGUCUGAUACACCGAGCACUGCACCUCCUAUUGACGAUUUACCGCCGAACAAGGAAAACUGGGUUCGAAUGCGGAUUUUGAAUCACGAGAGCGAAGUCACAAGCGUCGCAUGGAGCCCAGAUGGUAAGCUGCUUGCCUCUGUGUCCAAUGACGAAUCUCUUUUCGUACACGAUGUGACGUCGGGCAAACGAUGUGUGACGGUCCGAAACCUUAGGCACUUUCCUAAUGGUGUAGCAUGGGAUCCCAAGGGAAAGUAUCUAGUGACAAUGUCAACAGAUCGCAAAAUGGAUAUAAUAGAUGCAACCAAAGGAACCCGGUUACGAAUGUUCGGAGUGUCUGCUUUGCCAGCGAUCACAAUCGGUGAUGUACCCCUUGAACAUAAGGUCUACAAGCUUUUCCAUGACGAUCAGCUGAUGAGUUUUCAACGAGGUGUUGCUUUUUCGCCAUGUGGACAGCUUAUAAUUGCUCCAUGUGCAAAUCUGGAAGUACAUACAAAUGAGAUUUUUGGAACCUAUAUUUUUAAGAGGAGUGAAUUAGAAAGCGAUAAACCAUUUGCCUUCUUACCAUGUCCAAAAGCUACAUUUUUAAUAAGGUGCUGCCCAUUAUUGAUGACCCUUGAGAAGGAUGAAGAAAACUAUAGCGGGCUUCCUUAUCGAAUAUUAUGGUUGGCCCUAACCAAGGAUUCUGUAUAUUUAUAUGACAGCCAGCAUCCUAAUCCAAUCGGCCUUGUAGAGAAUAUACAGUACAAUAGCCUAACGGAUGCCGCUUGGACCGCAGAUGGAAAGAAUAUUAUAAUUUCGUCCCUAGAAGGAUACUGUACAUUCUUGAAGCUCACGGUUGAACAAUGGGGAUGCAAGAUUGAGAAGGAGCAGGUAGAAGAAUGUCCACCUUCUCCACAACUUAUUCAAACUAAGAGGAGGAAACCGCGAGAGAAGAAAAUUAAAGAGAGCAAGAAUGAGGAGAACUGUGCGACACCUCCGCCAACGGUGAAAACAACGCCUCUGCGGCCAGCACAACAGCCAGUGACCACACCUAGAUCGGGGAGCCUCUUCCGCUACCUCCAGACAAAGGGUGAAGAAUCCCCUUCACCUGCUGCUGAACCAGGAAGUCCUACCACGCCAACAAGACCGACCGCUGACGAUCCUUUGAACCUCCCGAAGGCGAAGAAACGAAUCCAGCUUAUAACAUUGACAGAUUAG